ACUAUGAAGGAGUGGCGUCAGCACGCGAGCUGUUUACAGUCAUCAACCAACCUCCUGGUCCGCGGCAGAGCAGAGGCCAUGUUGUAACUUUAACUGAAGUCCGUCCAGGUUUUUUGAGGCAACCUUUUCUAAAAUCCCGGGAGUCCUUUGACCUUAAAAUGAACACGAGCAGAUUUUUAGUGGUCGCUCUGCGCAGAGGAUGCGUGCAGAGCUUCAGACGACCCAUUUCCUCUUCAGCGGUUCAGUGCUGCCUGCAGUCCACAAAGGCCGUCCCUGCAGCCCGGAUGCCCUACAGAGUGAAGGUGUCUGCUGGGAAACGCUACGCCUGGUGUGCUUGUGGACACAGUAAGAAACAGCCUUUCUGUGACGGAGCUCACAAGUCCAAAGCUCCGAGUAUCUCUCCUCUGCGCUUCACCCCGGACACAGACAGGACCGUCAUGCUGUGUGCCUGUCCAACUCUCCACAAUUCCUCCUGAACCUGUCAUCCCCUCUAAGAAGCC